AUACAUGAAGUACCUGUACCCGUUCGAGUGUGCGCGACAGAGGCUGAGCAGCCCCGAAGACCUCCAGGCCGCGAUCGGAGCCAACGUCCGAGGCGACGGAAAGGGGAAGAAGAGUUCGAGUCCCAGCAAUUUUAGCACUUUCCAGGACCUGAUCCAUGCAGGUGCCAGGGGGUCCCCGUUGCCGGCCCAGAUCCCCUCCAUCGGCAUGGUCCAAUCGAGGGCCGGAUCCAUGUUCAACGGGAAUUCCACCUCGCCUGCUGCUGCCGCUGCCGCUGCCCAUUUCCUCUCUUCGGUUCCAGGAUUCCCAGCAUCGACGAACGCGAACGCGGCCUUGCUGGACAUGCAGGCCCGCAUCAGCAUGUGGAACAAACUCCUCCUCAACCACAUGGGAGGGGAGGAACCUCAAGAGAAGGGGGCAGGAGGUGGGAGGCGGGAGGAACUGGAGAGACAUCUACUGGGAAGUGGGAUAAUCCCACCCCCUCAAUAUGAAGCCUUGAACCUGGCUGACGCGAAGAAGAGUUGUUCGUCGGAGAAACGGAGCUAUUCGCCGCCGCUUUCCUCGAAGAAAGGCAACAAACGGAGUUGGGCCGAGAUCGACGACAACGAAGACGAUAGACUGGAUCGACACCGGUCCAAUACUAGUCCUAGAACCACCAUAAAAAUUUCCAGUCGAGGCGAGAGUGAGGGUGGGGGCGUGGACAAUUCCAUAGUGGUGUGUCUGGAAGUGAACGAAGUCGUGUAUCAAGGGGUGUUGUUCGCACAGAAAAAGCGAGAUUGCAUCUCUUGAACGCUUUCAUCCGCCUUUAUCUCUGUUACUACGGCUGCGAAACGUUUCCUUCCCUUCUUCCUCGGCGAUGCGACCCGAUAUAACCCAAGAUGACACACGCAAAAAAAAAGUCUCCCUGUCGAAUGUGGCGAUCGUCGCCGAAAUUCCCGUGGAGGUGCAUUGAUCUCAUCCGGAUCUCUCCACACCAUGUCGCUGUGCAAUACCUUUCUAAAAAAAAAAUAUAUCGGCCCCCGUUAUCUACGACUGAGCAUUAUUUUGGGCCUGCCACCGAGAAGCCGAAGGAAUCAUUGUGAUAAAGGCCCUCCUUUUCUUACCAAAGGUCUCUCUUCCUCGCUCUUUCCUUCCUUCCUUUUCCAUUUUGUUAAUUUAUUUCUAUAGUUGACCCUUCGAUGUAUUCUGUAGAGAGAAUUGGGAGACGUUAUGGAAAUUUGCAAAUUUUGUCGUCGAUUUCCGAAGGGACGAUGUUUCGGAACGUGAAUUUUACGGAGGAAAAAAAAUGUUGAAAGUUUUUGGUAUAUAUGUGAAUGCAUUCUCGCAGCGACUCGACGGACGAGAGGAUUCUGCCCCAUUUUUCUGCAUUAUCCAAGACUUGUGCAAUUUCGAUGGAGGAAUAUCCAUGCAUUAUAUUCCGGAUGUGAGAGAGAAAGCAGCAUUUUAUGGGAAUAAAACGAUUCAUUGAUUACGGGUG